AUGGUGUCUUUCUCAUGCGAAGCGUGCGGCGAUGUCCUCACCAAGAAGAAGCUCGACCCUCAUCGCAGCCAAUGCCGAGGCGCAUCCUACACCUGCAUCGAUUGCAUGGUGCACUUCCAAGGGCUUAGCUAUAGAGCGCAUACGUCAUGUAUGUCCGAGGCCCAAAAAUAUCAAGGCGCAUUGUAUAAGGAGAAGCCGGUGAAGAACCAACGCAGAGGCCAGAACCAGAACCAGAGCCAGAACCAGAAACCCAACGCCAACAAUCAUCACCGCGCUCCAUACGUUGAAGAUGCCACAGAUGUCGAUGUUCCCAAAGCUAAUGCGCCCCCACCGGCCCCUACACCGCCACGCACCGAGAAAGCCGCGGCAGCCAAGGCCGAGACAUCCAAAUCCGUCAACGUCUUCGACUACCUGGUGACCGCGGAUACUCCCAACGCAUCAAAAGUCUCGCUUGGCGGGCCCAAGGAGCAGAUGCAGAUGGUUGAUCAUGCGCCGUCCGUCUUCGAGACGAGCAAGGCGCUGGCACGUGUCGAGAGCGACAACGACGAGGAGAAGAAGAGCUAUGAUGUGGCAUAUGAGGAAAAUGGCUUCUCUUAUGGAGCAGGCCCAAUUGAGCCCGGAGUUUACCCCAGCAAGGCACCCAAUGUUUCGAUGGAGUUUCUGACCCCAGCGCCGAAGAAGAAGAAGGAUCGUUUGCGCGCAAGCGAGAAGGGCAGCGCCACGACUAGCGACAAGAAGCGCAAGCGGCGCACUGACGAUGUUGACAUGGAUGUUGAUACACCCCUGGUUGAGGCACCAUCGAGCGUUGUCAAUCACCCAGGCACGCCCAUGUUGAACCACUCGGGCCUUACCGGCGGAUUGAGUCGGAUGCUGCGGUCUCCCUCGGCCGAGACCGAUGAUGAUGAUCAGCCCAAACAGGGUGCUCGUCAGCGCUAUCCAGAUCCCUCAUCCCCGAUCAAACGAAGCCGGCGGGAUGACCAGGAGGGCGAGAAGGAUGGAGGUCUGGGUAUCUCGAUGAAGAACAAGGCAGGCCGCCUUGUGUCGUCAAUGUUUGGAGGGUCUGUUGCGUCCGGAAGCAGCGUUACCAACGAUGAUAAAGCGUCGAAUGAUGCUCGCCGGUCAAAGAAGACCGCACGCGUCCGUAGCCCCAGUGGCCAAGUCGCAACGUCAGAUUCACGCAAGUCGAAGCGCAAGAGUAGCGCUCAGACGGGAGGUGACCGGCCCACGCAGCGACUCAAGCAGAUCGAGUACGACCAACCCCAGCGAGAUGAAAGUGGCCGCGAAGUGGUGGUUUACGGCCAGCCGAACAUCCCCAGUGAACUUCAAAGACAAAUGGCUUCCCACUUCCUUUCUCUGGUGACCAAAGGACCGGAGAGCUCACGAGGGUUCUCGAUGAACAAGAUACUGAAACGGUUCCAUCGCGACAUCACCGAUGAAUUCGAUGCCGACCGCGGGCGUGAUCAAGGGCGAAGCCGCGCGGAUCGUGAGCGGAGAGUCGACGACGAGAAGGAAUUAUGGCGCACAUUGCGCGUGAAGCAGAACGAGCGUGGAGAGAUUGUCCUCUUCUUCUGA